AUGAAACAAUGGCCUCGCCAUCACGGCCCUCGCCUCUCGCGCUCCCUGCUAAACCUACGACCCUCCCGCCCGCGACGAGCCUUCAGCGCCGGGAGACCGUUCCUUGAAGAAGAGUCCAGUCACGAUCCUCGCAUCCGCGACCUCGGGAGACGGAUCCUAGACGACUACGCCGUCAUCCGUGAGAACUAUGCAACCCCAAAACACCCCAUCGUCCUCGCCCACGGCCUCCUCGGCUUCUCCGAGCUCAAAGUCGCGCCGUACCUCCCCGCGAUCGAAUACUGGCACGGCAUCAAGCAGGCCCUCGUGGCGAACAAGUGCUCCGUGGUGACCACCUCCGUCCCGCCGUCGGGCUCCAUCGAGGAGCGCGCGGAGAAGCUCGCCGCCGACAUUCUCGCUCAGAACCAGACCCCCAUGGUCAACAUCAUCGCGCACAGCAUGGGCGGCCUCGACGCCCGGUACAUGAUCUCCCGCCUGCAGCCCGCGGGCAUCAAAGUCGCCUCCCUAGUCACCAUCGCCACGCCGCACCGCGGCAGCCCCUUUGCGGACUACCUCGUCGAGAGCGACUCCAGCCCCGUGCACCUCCCGCGGCUGUACUCGGUGAUCCGCCGCGCCGGCCUCGGCACCUCCGCGUUCGGGCAGCUCACGACGCGGUACAUGCGCGACGAGUUCAACCCGCGCGUGCCCGACGACCCGGCGGUGCGCUACUUUUCGUACGGCGCCAUGAUUGACGAGCCGUCGCUGCUGGGGGCGUUUCGCGUGCCGUACGGCGUCGUCAAGGCGGCCGAGGGGGAGAACGACGGCUUGGUGAGCGUGGCGAGCAGUCGUUGGGGAGUGUACAAGGGGACACUGGUCGGGGUGAGCCAUUUGGAUCUGAUCAACUGGUCCAACAGGGCGCGGUGGGCGGUGCGCGAGUGGAUGGGGAUGAGGAGGAACUUCAAUGCCGUUGCGUUUUAUCUGGAUGUUGCUGAUAUGCUGGCCAAGGAAGGGCUGUGA